CGCCACUUCCGAACGCGGCGCCUCCUUUUUCCCCGCGAAACUCGGCGGCGGAACGUGGGGCUCUCACCCCUCUGGCUCGGUGGCGCGCGGGGGAGCGGAGGUGCAGUCAUGUCGGGCUUCGACGACCCCGGCAUCUUCUACAGCGACAGCUUCGGGGGCGACCCCGCGGCCGAAGAGGGCCAGGCCCGCAAGUCGCAGCUGCAGAGGCGCUUCAAGGAGUUCCUGCGGCAGUACCGGGUGGGCACCGACCGCACCGGCUUCACCUUCAAAUACAGAGAUGAACUCAAGCGGCAUUACAACCUGGGGGAGUACUGGGUGGAGGUGGAGAUGGAGGACCUGGCCAGCUUCGACGAGGACCUGGCCGACUACUUAUACAAGCAGCCAGCAGAGCACUUGCAGCUGCUGGAGGAAGCUGCUAAGGAGGUGGCCGAUGAGGUGACCCGGCCCCGGCCCACUGGCGAGGAGGUGCUGCAGGACAUCCAGGUCAUGCUCAGGUCCGAUGCCAGCUCGUCCAACAUUCGCAGCCUGAAGUCCGACAUGAUGUCACACCUGGUGAAGAUCCCCGGCAUCAUCAUCUCGGCCUCCGGGGUCCGUGCCAAGGCUACCCGCAUCUCCAUCCAGUGCCGCAGCUGCCGCAACACCCUCACCAACAUCGCCAUGCGCCCUGGCCUGGAGGGCUACGCCCUGCCCAGGAAAUGCAACACGGAUCAGGCUGGGCGUCCCAGCUGCCCUCUGGACCCAUACUUCAUCAUGCCCGACAAGUGCAAGUGCGUGGACUUUCAGACCCUGAAGCUGCAGGAGCUCCCUGACGCGGUGCCCCACGGUGAGAUGCCCAGACACAUGCAGCUCUACUGCGACCGGUACCUGUGUGACAAGGUGGUCCCCGGGAACAGGGUGACCAUCAUGGGCAUCUACUCCAUCAAGAAGUUCGGCCUGACCUCCAGCCGGGGCCGGGACCGGGUGGGCGUCGGCAUCCGGAGCUCCUACAUCCGUGUCCUGGGCAUCCAGGUGGACACAGAAGGCUCUGGCCGCAGCUUCACUGGGGCCGUGACCCCGCAGGAGGAGGAGGAGUUCCGGCGCCUGGCUUCCCUCCCCAACCUCUAUGAGCUCAUCUCCAGGAGCAUCGCCCCCUCCAUCUUUGGGGGCAUGGACAUGAAGAAGGCCAUCGCCUGCUUGCUCUUUGGGGGUUCCCGAAAGAGGCUCCCCGAUGGACUCACCCGCAGAGGAGACAUCAACCUGUUGAUGCUGGGGGACCCGGGGACGGCCAAGUCCCAGCUGCUGAAGUUUGUGGAGAAGUGCUCUCCCAUCGGGGUGUACACGUCUGGCAAAGGCAGCAGCGCGGCCGGCUUGACAGCCUCGGUGAUGAGGGACCCCUCGUCCCGCAACUUCAUCAUGGAGGGUGGCGCCAUGGUCCUGGCCGAUGGAGGGGUUGUCUGUAUUGAUGAGUUUGAUAAGAUGCGAGAAGAUGACCGUGUGGCAAUCCAUGAGGCCAUGGAGCAGCAGACUAUCUCCAUUGCCAAGGCCGGGAUCACCACCACCCUCAACUCCCGCUGCUCCGUCCUGGCCGCUGCCAACUCGGUGUUUGGCCGCUGGGAUGAGACGAAGGGGGAGGACAACAUCGACUUCAUGCCCACCAUCUUGUCCCGCUUUGACAUGAUCUUCAUCGUGAAGGACGAGCACAAUGAGGAGCGGGAUGUGAUGCUGGCUAAGCACGUCAUCACCCUGCAUGUGAGUGCUCUGACACAGACCCCCGCUGUGGAGGGCGAGAUCGACCUAGCCAAGCUGAAGAAGUUCAUCGCCUACUGCCGAGCGAAGUGUGGCCCCCGCUUGUCGGCAGAGGCUGCGGAGAAGCUGAAGAACCGGUACAUCAUCAUGCGCAGCGGGGCCCGUCAGCACGAGCGGGACAUCGACCGGCGCUCCAGCAUCCCCAUCACCGUGAGGCAGCUGGAGGCCAUUGUGCGCAUCGCUGAGUCCCUCAGCAAGAUGAAGUUGCAACCUUUUGCUACCGAGGCAGACGUGGAGGAGGCACUGAGGCUCUUCCAAGUGUCCACGCUGGACGCCGCCUUGUCGGGCACCCUUUCAGGGGUGGAGGGCUUCACCAGCCAGGAGGACCAGGAGAUGCUCAGCCGCAUCGAGAAGCAGCUCAAACGCCGCUUUGCCAUUGGCUCCCAGGUGUCGGAGCACAGCAUCAUCCAGGACUUCACCAAGCAGAAAUACCCGGAGCACGCCAUCCACAAGGUGCUGCAGCUCAUGCUGCGGCGGGGCGAGGUCCAGCACCGCCUGCAGCGCAAGAUGCUCUACCGCCUCAAGUGAGCGGGUGCCCGGCCCCGCCACGCCGUCGCCGGCAAUCUUGGAACUUCUGUCCGCUCUGAUCUGCCCUGCCCGGAGGGACCCUGCGGGGAGGCGGCGCUCUGCUCACCUUGCCGCUCCAUGCGCCUCCCUGUGCUGCAGACCCGGGAAGUGUGCUUUGGCAUUGACUGCAAUAAUAAAGAUGUACGUGGUGUGUGACGGCUGUGGCUUCUGACCCGGGAGGCCCGCCCCCCCCACCCCGUCCUGCCCUGGCAGCAGGCCCGGGGCGUGGGAGGCACAGGCUGUGGGGCCAGACUGGCUGACUGCUCCUGCAUCUGCCACUGGGCUCGUGGGCAGGGCUCUUCGCUCCUGCGCUCGGGGUCCGCAGCGGAGCAUCGGGCCAGUUUGUCUCAGCCUGACCCCUCCGUGUCCCACAGCCUGGCAUGUGGUUUUGCUGUCCUGUCAGACUGGCUGGGGUCACUGAACCUUUCUGUGGCUGUUUCUUCUGUGAGCGGGAGUGACUGUCGGGCCGUGUUUAGAAUAAACACUCCGGUGACGUGCCCAGGAAGGACCAGGUGGCGUUUAGUGUUCAGGGACAUUGUUCUCCAGGCGUCCUCAGCCCACAGGACGGAAGCAGGGGUGCCGGGCUCCCACAGAAUGGGUGAGUGCUGCUGCAUGCCCGAGCUGAGCCGACGGGGAAUCAGGAGGGAUGACCCAGCGAGUGGCGCGGCCUCCGUGCUAGAAAGCGCUAGAAACUGCAGGACGGGAGGAAACCAGCGAGGCCGGUUUUUGGGUCAUUUUGCUUCGCUGAAAUACCAAUAAGUAUACUUUUGUUCUUAAAAAACCAGAAUUCACAGAGCAAAUUUUGUUUUUAGGAUAUUUAAGAGUAUGUUGAACAUUUCACACUAACCAUUUAGCGGAGAGUGUUUAAAAGUGACCGCCG